CUCUGAAAUAAUUUCACAAGUUUCGUUUUCAAUCAAGCUACACAAAUCUCUUAUUCUCCCUUAAUACUUUUAUAUACAAAAUAAUGGGAUGAAGUGAAUAAUAUAAAGAGUCACAUAAUUAUUUUCAAAAACGAUAUAUAAUUGCAUGUGCGUGUGUGCAUCUGUCAAAUUUUAUUAACUUUAAAUAAAAAUUUGGAACAUCCGUGUUAUGUAUGUAUAUAUGAUCAAAUAUUUACUGAUAAUAAAUCGCACUAUACACUCAGAUUCAGUCGUAGAUUAAUUUUAAUAUUUGUACAAUAUUUUUCAUUAUUUAUUUGCUUAUUGUGUUGAUACGGAACAAAGAAUAACGCAGUUCUUGAUAUCUCGCACCCCAUGUAGUUAUGAACAUUUAUCACAUCGCUUGAUCAGCUUGUGCAGAGAAUACGGAAAUAAUCGAAGUUACAAUGUUUACACAAAGGUUUUUUUCCACGAGUAGCUCUCCUGGUGGCGACAACGGCAAGGCAACUUCUUUCAGUUGUUGUCCGAACGUUCUCUAACCUAUUGAAAAUUGCAGUCAGUAAUUCACCUCUUAUGAUAAAAGGUUGGGACAGCUUUUACGACUUCACCCUGUAUACAGAAUAUCUGAUAUUAGAUGUAACACUCACUGAUAAGCAUCGGCCGUAGUUGAUCGUCAACAACAAUUACAAUCAAUUACUGUCGACGAUCUGACAAGUAUAAAUGAGCGAAUACGAGUGUAAAAACACAACACACGCUCUUACUUGUGAUCAACCGCAUUCCACUCUGCAAUUUGUACCUCUACGCAAAACAUGAAUACGGAAUUCAUUGAAUGCAAUUGGUGAAUUAUUUUGCAAGAGCACCUACAAAUAUUAUCGACGAAAAUAUCCUCAUGUCUAGGAAAACACAUAGGCGAUGGGGUAAUUUCGAUAAACAACAAAUGACAAAUAGAAUGAGCAACAAACCCACAAACGUAGACGAAUACGACGUGAAUUCCGAUGGGGUAAAUAACAAGUCGGUAAACAGCGAUCUAUACCAAGCACUGUUCCCAAUCUAUCAUCUCAGCAAACUGUCCGGUGUAUUUCCAACAAGAUUUGUCAGACAAGUAUCUGGCAGAUAUCACGGCCGAUUGAGUGUCACCGAUAGUAUUUAUAGUGUAUGCCUAUUGAUAUGUCUGAUCGGCGCGGAGAUUUGGGGUUUUUGGCGUGACUUAAGAGAUGGAUGGGAGCAUAGCACUCGACUCAAGUCACAGAACGCGGUAAUUGUCACUGCAAGCGAUGUAAUAGGUGUAAUGAGUCUUACAGCUGCCUCAGUUAUUGGUUCGAUUUUAUGCUGGAAACACAUACAAACUAUUAUCGAUAAAUUGGUCGAUUGUGACGAGAAACUAGGAAUUGUCUCACCGAAGAAGAUACGGCGAUAUACAAUUUUCUUGACAUUAAGCAGUCUCCUCUAUUCCAUUGUUCUGUCAUGCCUCGAUAUCUACACAUGGAACUAUGAGGUGAAGCUGAACAAGAAACUGAACGACAAAGGUCCGAUCAAUUAUGUUCCUCUAUAUUUCAUGUAUAUAGUGAUCAUGAUGAUGGAAGUUCAGUACGCCGUUGCUACAUACAACGUGUGCCAGAGGUUCUGCAGGCUCAACAAGAAUGUUGAGAAUAUUCUUAAAAGCGACAGAAUCACAGAUCAGUUCAGGAAGGAUCUUGGAUUAGCCAGUGAUUUUCGUGAUCAAGGACAACUAGCUACAAAUAUUCGACAAGACAUGGAAAACGUCCGAAUAUUUCGAAAGACGAAGAUUAUGGAUUCUUCUAUUACAAAUGAUGGUAAAAACUUCACACACAGUAUAGCACAAUUGAUGACAGUACAUGGGUCAUUAUGUGAUACGGUGAUGCUCAUAAACGCUGCUUAUGGAGUCGUUACGCUGGUAAUUACUAUCACCUGUCUAAUACACUUAAUCAUUACGCCGUACUUUUUGAUAAUGGAGGCCGACGGAAGACGUGAGCCACUAUUCCUCGCGGUACAAGGAUUAUGGUGUAUCUUUCAUAUCUGGAGGUUACUGAUGAUCGUGCAACCUACAUACGCUGCUAUAACACAGGGAAAAAAAACAGCAGUUUUGGUCAGUCAAUUAUUAUCGAUGAGUCCCGACAGAGAAGGCAGGAAACAACUUGAGAUUUUUUCGCUUCAGCUUCUACAUCGUCCUUUAGAAUUUUCAGCGUGUGGACUUUUUACUUUAGAUCGAACUCUCGUAACUUCAAUCGCUGGUGCCGUUACGACGUAUCUCGUAAUACUCAUACAAUUCCAAAAAGACGAUGAUACCAAGGGUAAUUUCAACAACAUCUUAAAAAAUGCCACGCAGAUCUUGAAAAAUGCUUCGCUUCAUAAUCCUACGGCAGGAAAAUUAGACUUAAAUUAGAACAUGCCACUUUAUUCUUGCCUUUUUUGUUCUCAAUUCUACAAUAAAGUUUUCUAGAAAUUA